CGCGCUGAGCUAAUCAAAUCCUCCGUCUCCUGCUCGUGGACAGCCUCGUCUCUUUCCUUCGUCUCCUCUCCCGCGCCCCCUUUGGGCAAUUCCCCAACCCUAAGAAACCCUUGCCACCUCGAGGAGAGCCAGCCAUGGGUGGCGAGAUGCCCGACGCCGACGGGAAGCCCCGCGGGGCGGACUCGUCCUCCGCCUCCUACGGGUACCCGCCGUCGGCGCCGCCGCAGCCGCAGCACCAGCACCAGUACGGCACCUUCGGGACCCCGUCGGGUGGCUCCGGGGAGUUUCCGCAGCCUGCGGUCGGGUUCCCCCAACCCGCGCUGCCGCCAGGGAUGCAGCAGUACCCGCAGCCGCCGCCUGCGUCGUACGCGGUCUACCCGCCUCCGCCGCAGCAGCCUUACUCGGCGGCCGCGCCGUACUACGCCCAGGGUUACCAGGCCGUGCAAGGUUAUAUUCCUGUAGUUGAAGGGAGGCCUGUGAGAAUGCGGCGUCUUCCAUGUUGUGGCCUUGGCAUGGGUUGGUUUCUGUUUAUAAUUGGAUUCUUCCUUGCUGCCAUUCCAUGGUACGUUGGAGCUUUUGUUCUGAUCUUCGUCCGAGUACAUGAUUACAGGGAGAAACCAGGAUAUGUUGCUUGCACUAUUGCUGCCUCGCUUGCUGCAAUUGCUGUGCUGCUUGGUGCCACGAAAGGAGCUGAUGUGUGGUGAGAACGCCUUCGGUGGUCAGCGGUCUGCCUCAGUAAAUGUUCAUUGUUCGCCUACUUUGUUGAGUUGAGUUGUCUGGGUUGUACAUGUAUACAUAGCAAGAAUAGGGCGAACGAGUUGACUUCAUCUCCCAUUGUCUGACCUAUAGCACAUUUGUAAAAUGAAGUGACGUCAAUGUAUUCUCAUAUUAAUUAGUUUUGAUGUAAAGUUGCGUUGAUAUCAUUAUGUUAAUAUUACCUGAACCCCUUGAUCAAACUUUGUCAUCUGACCUUGACAGUAAUAA